AUGGCGUCGCAACCGCAGUGGACACGCUCCUUCUCAGCCCCCGAGGCCCCCACCGUCACCAACCCCACCACCAACGCUAUCUCUACUGCCCGUUAUACUGUCGACGACACCAUGGGUGACAUGCCUUCGAUCCAGUUUGAUCGCGCUCUGGUCUAUCUGUUUGAUCUGGUGAGUACGCUGGGGCGCCUUUUGGAUCGCCUCGACUUGGACGACGACGGCUACGAUCACGACGUGCUGGACGACUUCGACUAUGCCGGAGAGAUCGCCCUGAUCAUGACCACACCGAUGGCGAGCGAUGGCGCCGGCGCCGUCGCGACACUGUCAGUGUUUACCCCGACCAAAGCGGCCCCGACAACGCUAGCACCGCCACGUCCCGCUAACGGCAUCAUCGAGGAGGACAGCUACAUCGCCAGCGAGUCCAGCGACGACGACUACGACUCGCUGUACGCUACCAUCACCCACCCACAGGUGACGCUGUUGCGGAAAGUGCUGGGACUGUCGCUCCACCUGGUACCGCCGACGCCUCCACGUCUGGCGAAGCGGCCGCCAGCACCGGUGCCAUCGCUGCCGGUGCCAUCGCCUCCAUUGGGGCGCAGCUUAGCCCCCCAGCGCACCUCAGCAUACCCCGCCAUGUACACCUACGGCGCUGGCGACACCGCCGUCGGAUCCGGCUACCGGCUGCCGUCGCUGCUGCCAACAAUCCCCCCGCCCCGGGCUAGUCCUGGCGCCGAUAAGUCGCUGGCGUACGGCAUCGACAUCCCCCACUGUGUCAACCACGACUACUCGGCGGCGCUGGUGCGCAACUUGGCGCUCGACGACGGCGAUAUCCCGCUAAACAUCAACGUCAACGCCAACCGGCUGCUUGACCUGUUCCGCGCCGAUACCGGCCCUCCUAAACGGCUUGCAGUGCACCGCACCCGCACGCGUACCACUAAGGCGCUGGUGGUCCAAAAACAACUUCCUGACGCCCCCAUCGCCGCUAGUACCCACGACGUCGCCACGCUGAUGGCCCCACCGCUGGCGCCGGCACUUCAGAUGCGGAGUGUGUCGGCCCCCUCCACCACCAGCUCAGCCCGCAAUCUGGCGCAGCAGCUGCUGCGGUCAACGCAGUUGUACCCGCCGUAUAGGGCCGUGUCGGAAAAACCAGCGGGGCUCCAGCUGCCAUUCCAACAGUCGAAAUCCCAAUUCAGUACGCACAGACGCGACAAGAAACGGCUGCCACCCACUACACCGCCUCACAACGCGUUGUCGUCUAAAGGUAGCCCUACACCUCACUUGCUGACGGCACUGCUCACCCAAGAUAUGACUCCUGAGGCCCGCACUAAGCUUGCCCUUCAAUUUCGCAACAUCGGUAAACACCGCGAAGCCCUGUACCAACUUCAGAUCGCAGCCCUGCCACCUGAUAACUUCCCUAAGGCGAUGUUCUUAUACGCAAUGGCCCUCCGGUUCGGUUUGGGUGUGAAGCAAAACGAUCGUCUGUGCAUUAAAUGGUUGGGCAAGUGCAUCUUGAUGUUCUCACAACCGAAAGCGUUAGCAGACAUUGUCGAUAAGCUUAAUGCACUUCAACCGGAAGAGCUCGUGAAGCUCAUUGUGAAGAAGUUGGCCUACGAUACCCAGAAGGACCCCGUCAAUAACGGUAGCGACCCGUACCAGUUGUUCGAUCAAAUGAGCCGUCUCUCGAAGACCGACAUCCUCAAGAUUGCCAAUACUAGUAAAAAUCAAAGUGAUAUCCUCGCGGUGGCUUAUUUCGAGUUAGCGAAUGCAGUAUUGAAUGGCUGGGGGUUGAACCACAAGGAGGAAGCCCAGGGUAUCAAAUUGUUGCUGAAGUCAGCGGCAAUGGGGUACGUACAGGCCAUGAUGCAAUUGGGCGAGAUCUGGACAACUAAGUCCAAAACGCGCAAAAAGGAUUUGAACAAGGCAGCAGUGUGGUUGCGGUUGCUGGAGUUAUUUGGAGCUAAAAGCAUGGGCAAUUCGUGGAUUUACAAGAGUAAAUACAUGAAGCGCAAAUAG